UUUUGUUUUUGAAAAAAAAAUUUCCCUGCCUCAUUUUUUUAAAAUUUUUUUGGAAUUUUUGUAUUAGAUUAAGAAGCCCUUUAAGGAUUUUAAAAAACUCCAUGGUAAAAUUUUCGAGUGUCCUUUCUAUUUAUAAACUCAUUUCCAGACAAUCCUGCGCCCAAACAUCCAAUUACCUCAUCAUAUACCUUUUGCCUGUGUAAUAUACCUUUCCUCUCCCCCUCUUUUCUAUCUGUUUAUUUGUGCCACAGAAAUGCUUUUUUAAUGUCACUUCAUCAAUAAAACAUUUUUCCGGCUGUUCCCACUGUGGGGUUUUUACCUUGACUUCCAGUAGAGUUUAAAUAAAUGUUCUUGGUCAAUUUUUCUAACAAUCGGAAUAUUAAAAAAAAAUUUUUUUUAAUAUUCUCUGAGACUUUUUAACGUGAAGACAGUCUUUUAAUGUUUUUUAUACUUUUUUUGGAUUUUUGAAUGUUUUUUUCUUAAAAAUAUUUGAAUAGGUCUACCCCCUUUGAGCUGCACAUUUUUUGCUCUUUUCAAUCUCCUUCAAAUUUUUCUUCAAAUCCUUUCCAAAUCCAUAAAAGCCUUUCUUGUUUAUUUUUAAGUCAUUUUGGGCAUUUCAUCGUAUUUAUGUUAGGGCUGUCAGCCUUGAGUCCGAUACUUGAGGAAAUGUUUAAAUGUUUUUAAAAGCCAUAAUUAUCUCUUGUGGAUUUAGUGAAAGGAUAUGGGGGAGUUACGGACAGCACUGAUUUUCUUGGUUUUUAAAAUCAUUAUUUAAAAUUUAUUUUUCCAGGGUUCAGUGUUAUUUAAAUGUCAGAAGAAGUAGACUCACACAUUGUGGAGAAUUACGAUAUUCAAAAACGUUUGGGGAAAGGUGCUUAUGGAAUUGUUUGGAAGGCUGUUGAUAGAAGAACAAAUGAAGCUAUAGCUUUAAAAAAGAUUUUUGAUGCUUUUCGGAAUGCUACAGAUGCGCAGAGAACUUUUAGAGAAAUUAUGUUUUUACAAGAAUUUGGAAGGCAUCCAAACGUUAUUAAAUUGUAUAAUAUUUUGAAGGCUGAUAAUGACAAAGACAUUUAUCUUGUAUUUGAAUAUAUGGAGGCUGAUUUACACAAUGUAAUCAAAAAGAUGACUAUUCUUAAGGACAUACACAAACAAUAUAUAAUGUGUCAACUCUUCAGAGCCAUCAAAUUUUUACACAGCGGCAAUGUUCUUCAUAGAGACUUGAAACCGUCAAAUGUAUUAUUGGAUGCUGAAUGUAGAGUAAAGGUUUUUUCUCCAUUUUCUUGUGUUUUUACCGAAAAUUUUCUUAUUUUUAAGUUGGCAGAUUUUGGGUUGGCACGCUCUUUUAGUCAAAUGGAUGACUCCCUAGAUGGAUCCAAUGUACCCGAAUUAACAGAAUACGUAGCAACUAGAUGGUAUAGAUCGCCUGAAAUUCUGCUUGCUGCCAAGCACUAUACAAAAGGUGUUGAUAUGUGGAGCCUUGGUUGUAUAUUGGCAGAAAUGCUGUUGGGGAAAGCUCUUUUCCCUGGUAGUUCUACAAUUAAUCAAAUUGAACGUAUUAUGAAUACAAUUCAAAGGCCUUCUAAAAAUGAUAUUGAAAGCAUUGGAUCUGCUUAUGCUUCCUCAGUUCUAGAAAAAAUGCCACAAUGGCCAAAAAAGCCGUUAGAUAUAGUUUUAUCACAAACUACUCCAGAAGCUUUAGAUUUAGUUUCAAGACUUCUCAUCUUCGCCCCACACAAGAGAUUAAACGUUGAGCAAUGUUUAGAACACCCAUAUGUCUCUCAAUUUCAUAAUAAAGCAGAGGAACCGUCGCUAGAUUAUGAAGUUAGGCUUCCUCUUCCUGACCAUAUUCAACUUUCUAUACACGAAUAUAGAGAUAAACUUUAUGAAAUAAUUUCUACCAAAAAAGUAAAUAUACAACGUAUUAAUUAUCCCAAUAUAAACGAUAAAAACACGGCAUGUAAUGGUUGGGUAGAUAAACAACACCAACAUCAAAACGGGGAAACAAAAGAACAACAGAAAAGAAGACAGUCAACAACAACAAAAGAGCAUCAUUUAAAAGAACAACAACAAAAUGUUUUGGAGAAAAACAGUGUUGUUAACAAUAAGUUAGAGAAAGAGAAAACAACAACAAAUACAACAAAUGCAACAACAAAUGAGAAACAUAAAAACAACAAACGGGUAAUACAACAACAAACACAACAACAACAACAUUCAAACACAACAACAUCCCCUCUCCCUUCUAUCCAAACAACAAAAACAUUAAAUAAACAACAAACACAACAACAAGAAACAUCCCCAGACAGUGAAAAAACACCAAAACAUGUUGCAAAACAUUUGAAGAAUAAUAAUGUUGGGAUAGAGAAAAAGAAUAAUAAUGGUAAUAUUAAUGGAGGAUUAAAACAACAACAACAUAAAUUUAAUAAUAAACAUGAAAUAGGAAGUUCACCUUCAGUUGAAAGAAAUACUAGUGGAGGACACUAUGGAAGGAAGAUAGGGGUGAGCAAUGGUAUUACAACUUCAGCGACAAUGAGUAGAUCAAUGAGUGAAUCAAAAGGAUUGAACCACCAUCAAAACGGAGGAUUAAUACAUUCUAAACUUCACCAAAAUAAUCAAGCACCUAUAGCAUUAGCAGAACCUAGCGAUACUGAUUUAGAUACAUGUUCAUCAACAUCAUCAGGCUUAACUAUGGGAAAUGGAGGGAAAACUGCAAAAAUAAUGGGGAGUAAUGGAACUUUGUUAAAUGAACAGCAACAUCAAAAUAAUACUAGGCGCUCUUUUGGAAAUUUAUUUUCAAAUAUUAUACAAAAACAACAACAUUCACAUCAUCAAAAUAAUGUGGAUGAUGUUUCUGUGAUAAGAGCUAGAGCACAAAGCAUUGAAUCUUCAACAGCAACAACAAAUUACCCAUCAAAAUUUUCUUUGAGAACAAGAAGUCGAGAAAAAGUAAAAUCAUCUAAAGAAGAUCAACAACAAACUUUAUAUAUUGAUGGAAAACAACAACAAAAAUCUGCUACAACAAACAGUAGACGUUCGCAUGAUCGGUUAAGAAUUUUUUCUGCUUUAAGACCGUCUAAAACUAGUGUUAAUAAUUAAAAAAGUUUUUUUUAAAUAUUUUUUUAUUUAUUUUAAAAAUUUAAGUUUAAUUAUUUAGCCAUAUAAGUAAGUACAAGUAAAUUUUUGUGGGGGGAAAAACGUUAGGUUGUGUGUGUGUUUCUCUCAACUCUCUCGUUAGUAAAUUUAAAUUGAGAAUCUUAAAACCUUGUGUAAGAAGCAC